AUGAUGAAAGUAGGAUUAAUUCUAAUUAUGAUAUAAUACUUAGUUUAUUCAGAGAUUACAGAAAAAACAAUACCAAAAAUAUCAACUUCUAAUAAAUAGUGCAAUUGUGAAUAACUCUAGAAUUAAAAAGAAUGUAUUUUUUUUAAUUGCACUUGGAAUGAGAAAAAAUGUAUAAACUUACAGAAUAAUACAAAAAUAUAAUCUUAUUGUGAAUUGAUUAAUAAGGACUAAUGCAAUAUAAGCGAAGGUUGUGCAUUAGUUAAAGAAAAAUGUGUAUCAUUUGCUGGAUGCACAUUAUUUUCUUAAUAAUCAUCAGAAUUAUGUUAAAAUAUAUCUAAUAAAUGUAUAAGUGAUGGAAAUUAAUGCAUCGAUUUAAGUGAUUGUACUAGUUAUAGAAAUUAGAUAAGUUGUUAGAAAGAUUAUAAUGAAAUGUUAUGUAUUUGGAAUACUUAAACAUUAAUAUGUGAAUAUCCAACUAGUUGUGAAUAAUUACCUAUUAUUAUUAAUACAGAUUAAUAAUGUAGAAAAUAGUUAAAAACUUGCACUACAAAAUAAGGAGGAGGAUGUGAAUUAAGUCAAGAAUAAUGUGAAAAUCAAAAAAUAUAAGAGGCUUGUUUUACAAAUCUUGAUUAAAGUAAAUAAUGUAUAUGGGAUGAGAAUAAAUGUAAAGAAAAAACUUGUGUUAAUGCUCCUACAACACAUAAUAGUCAUUAAGUAUGCAACGAAUAUCUUUCUAUUUGUACAGUUAAUGAUGGAUAAAAUGGAUGCUAAGAUAUACCAGAAUUAUGUACAUUAUUAAAAACAUCAUAUAAUUGUAUUAUUGAUAAAACAGCAAAAAUAUGUUAUUGGAAUAAAAAUAUAUAAAAGUGUGAAGAUAAAAAUUGUGAAAAUGCUCCUGAUGAAUAUUAAAAUAAUGAUCAAUGUUAAUCAUGGUUACCUGAAUGCAUUGUAAAAUCUUCAGGAAUUGGUUGUUUUAAUAAAGUUUCAGAUUGCACAUUAUAUACUGCUGAAAAUUAAUGUAUUUAAACCAUCACAAAUGAACUUUGCUUUUGGGAUUAAAAUAAAUGUUAAUCAAAAACUUGUGAUUAUGCCCCUGAUACAUAUAUCAAUCAUGAAUAAUGUUAACUAUUUUUAUCUACUUGUACAGUUUAACAAGAUCUAACAGGAUGUGAAUCUAAAAAAGCUUCAUGUUCUAAUUAUUAAAAAGAAGAAUAAUGUAUUUCUAUUUUGGAUGGUUCACUUUGUAUAUUUUAAGAUAAUGUUUGUAUUCCUCGUAUUUGUAGUAAUGCUUCCAAAGAAUUAAAAAGUAAUUAAGAAUGCCAACAAUUUUCUUCUACUUGCAUUCUUAAACCUAAUAAAGAAGGUUGUAUUUUAAAAGAAUGCUAAAAUAUUACAACAUAAGAGUUAUGCACUAAAGAUUUCGAAAAUCAAUAGUGUUAUUUUGGUUAAAGAUGUGAAGUUAAAACUUGUGAGAAUGCUCCAGAUUCAUUUAAAUCUGAUGAUGAAUGUAGAAAUUACUUAGUUUAAUGUACAGUCGAUGAUGAUUUGUAAGGAUGUAAAGUUAGACCAUUAAAUUGUUCAGAUUAAAAAAAUUAAUAUUAAUGCAAAGAAUUAACAAAUGGAAUAAAAUGUAGUUGGAAUAAUAAUGAUUAGAACAAUAAAUAAUGUAGAAUAUUAAAUUGUGCAGAUAUUCCUCCUAAUAUUUAAACAAAUGAAUCUUGUACUCAAUUUGAUAAAAGUUGUACAGUUGCAGAUAACCCAAGUAUUUGUAUGUAAAAGCCUACUAAUUGUGAAGAUGUCUUAACAAAAGAUCAUUGUUUUGCUGUAGUUUUAAUUGACCAAAUAACAUAAUGUAGUUGGAAUGAUGAAUCUUAAAUUUGCAGGUCAAGAGAAUGCUAGGAUAUUAAUUUUGAUAAAUUCACAGAAGAAAGUUGUAGAUCAUUUAUGUCUAGAUGUACUAUCAAUUAUGAUGAAACUGCAUGUAUUUAAGAACCUUCUACUUGUUAAGGAUAUAAAAGACGUGAUAUAUGUAAUAAAUUAACAGUUGAUCCAAAUAAUAUUAUUUUUUGUGGAUGGUAAGGAUGUGAAGAUCGUAAUUGUUCGAAUGCUUAAGAAUAAAACGAAGGAUAUUAUACCCAUGCCAUUUGUAAUAAAUAUUUAGAUAGUUGCACAUUGAAUGAUAAAUAAACUAAUUGUGUUCCUUUAUUUACAAAUUGUGGAUCUAUUAAAAAUUAGAUAUAAUGCAAUGAUACAAUAUUAUAAGACAAAACAAGAUGUACUUAUGAUUUCAAUAUUGAACCAUUUAUUUGUAGAAGUUUUCAAUGUCCAGAUAAUACUUCUUUAAAUAUGACUCAUGCAUCAUGUUAAACAUUAGGAACUUAAUGUACUUUAGGAAUUGAAGGAAUAGGAUGUGUUAAUAUGUUUAAAUCUUGUGCAGCUAUUUCAAAUUAAAUAUAAUGUGACCAAACCAUUUUAGAAAGUGAUUAAAGGUGUUUUUGGGAUGUCACUGCAAAUCCUUCUGCUUGUAAGGACAGGAUAUGCUCAUUCGGAUUGAAUAAAAUUAAUUCUGAAGAAUGUGAAGAAUUUAUGAGUACAUGUACAAAAGGACGUAAAGAUUAAAAUUGCAUAUAAAAACCUGCUUAAUGCAAUGGAUUAUCUGAAGCAAUAUGUAAUAACGUUAAAUUAUUAAAUGGAGGAUUGUGUUCUUUUGAUAAAACAAUUAAUGAAAUUGAUUAAUAAUGUCAUAAUAGAAUUUGUAGAGAUGCUCCUUCAUUUUAUUCUGCAGAUUUUCUUUGUAGAAUUUGGCUACCUACUUGUACAGUAAAGACAAAUUUAUAAGGAUGUGUCAAUGAACCAAGUGAUUGUUCUUUAUUGAUUAGAGAACAAUGUUAUUAUAUAUAGAGUAGUGGUGUGAAAUGUUUUUGGCAUUCCAAUGGAUUAGUUAGCAAUUGUAGAGAAGCAUAAUGCACAGAUGCAAAUAAGAAGUAUUUUAAUACAGAUGAUUAAUGUAAGAGUUAUAAAUCAGAUUGUACAGUAGGGAAAGAUGGAGGUUGUGUAGAAUAACCUACAAAUUGUAAUGGUUUAGAAUAAGACCAUUGUUCAAAGGUUAGAAUUAAUGCAACAGAUAAAAGUGAAAGUGAUAAUAAGUGUAGUUGGAAUAUAAGGAAAUAAAUUUGUUAAGAUAGAGUAUGUUCAGAUGCUCCUCAAAGUAUAAAAAGUGAAAGUGGAUGUCGUAGUUGGUUGAAAAAUUGUACAAUUGGAUUUUCAAAUGAAGGUUGCAUUAAUGAUUUUGUUUAAUGUGAUUAAGUUUAAACGAAGGAUUAAUGUAGUCAAUUAUCAAAUGGAUAGAAAUGUGGUUGGAAUACUGGUUGUACUCAUCGAUAAUGUUAAAAUGCUCCAGAUUCAUUAAAAACAGAUUAAGAAUGUAGAAAUUAUCUUCAAGAAUGUACAGUAUAGAGAGAUGGUACAGGAUGUGAAUUAAGAAAGUUGAGUUGCAAUGAGAUUAAAGUAGAAAUACAAUGUUUUAACAUAAAUGAUAAUAACAAAUGUUAAUGGAAUAAAUAUAAAAAAUAAUGUGAAGUUCGUUCUUGUUAAAAUUCACCAGAAACAUUGACUUAACAUUAAGCUUGUUAAGAUUAUCUAUAUAAUUGUACAGUAUCAAAAGAUGGGAAGGGAUGUGAUAAUAAAAUGGAUAAAUGUGAAAUGUAUAAUUCUAUAAGUUAAUGCAUAGUUACCUUAGAAGGAAUGAAAUGUUAAUGGGCUGAAGGAUCUUGUUUUGAUAUUUAAUAAUCAUGUUUGCUAUAUUUCAAAAAGAGUGAAUGUAUAAAUUAAAGUGAUGGAUAGAUAUGUAUUUGGAUAGAUGGUUCAUGUUAUAAUAGAUAAUGCAAACAUGCUCCAAAAUCAUAUUCAACAUAUGAAUAAUGUUAGAAAUAUGGUAAAAAUUGUACAACAAAUGGGAUGGGAUGUACAAAUUAUAAAAAAUGUUCUGAAUAUAAAUAUUUAUCAUCUUGUCAAAUAGGUAGUGAUGGUUAAUGUACAUUAGUAAAUUAAUGCCAAAAGAUUUCAUGUGAGAGUGCUCCAACAACUUUAAAAACAGAUUCUGAAUGUUCAAAUUUUUUAAAUAAAUGUACAACAAAUGGAUAAGGAUGUAUAGAGAGAAGAAGAUGUUAAGAUGCUUAUAUAGAAGAGGGUUGUAAAUAUAAUAGUUAAGGUGGAAUAUGUGUUUGGUUUAAUGACUAAUGUUAUGAUAAAACAUGUGAGACAGCGGAUAAAUCUGUUGAUACAGAGAAAUCUUGUGAAGAAUAUUAUCCUAAAGCUUAAUGCACUACUAAAUUAGGAGGUGGUUGUAUAUAGAAAAGUAAAUGUAAAGAUGUUUAAAUAGAAAUAGCAUGUACUACUUAAUAUGAUGGAUAAAAAUGUUAAUGGUAAGAUGGUGUUUGUUCAUUAAUAAAAUCUUGUUCUAAUAUAANGAAGGUUGCAUUAAUGAUUUUGUUUAAUGUGAUUAAGUUUAAACGAAGGAUUAAUGUAGUCAAUUAUCAAAUGGAUAGAAAUGUGGUUGGAAUACUGGUUGUACUCAUCGAUAAUGUUAAAAUGCUCCAGAUUCAUUAAAAACAGAUUAAGAAUGUAGAAAUUAUCUUCAAGAAUGUACAGUAUAGAGAGAUGGUACAGGAUGUGAAUUAAGAAAGUUGA